AUGGGUUCACCUAUUGGACCGUUCCUUGCAAAUGUUUUCAUGGGCAAAGUCGAGAAGGCAAGAUUACAAGAUGCCAUUAAUGACCUCGUCUUCUACGGUCUGUACGUGGACGAUAUCUUCUGUCUGGCGGAUGGUACCACCGAUAUCGACGACCUUGUCCAAAAGAUCAGCAGUGCGCACCCCUCGCUAAAGUUCACUGCCGAGUCUGAGGCAGAUAACGAAAUUGCGUUUCUAGAUGUCCUUCUACACAGGCAGAAGGAUACGUCUAUGCAGCGCAGGGUGUUCCGAAAGAAAACCUGGACGGGACAAUACAUUAAUUUCCACAGUUUUGUUCCCCUCAACAUCAAACGAAAUCUAGUCCAGGGAUUGGCAGCUAGAGUGGGGCCCAUCUGUUCAUCUGAAGAUACUGAAGCAGAGCUCCAACAGCUGCGGAACACACUUCGGGAGAACGGAUACCCAGAUAGAUUUAUCCUCCGAAAUAUUAGGGAACGCACCGCAAAGCCCAGUGUUGCAACCGCAGAAAAGAAAGAGGUAUUCAUAAGAUUGCUUUUUGCAGAAGACGCAGAGAACGAACUAGUCAGACGGCGCUUAACUGCAGCCAUCGCGAGGGCAUUCCCCGCGGCGAAUUUACGCGUAUGCUUCAAAAACUCUUCCCUCCUACGUUUGGAGGUAAAGACAGACUACCUUUAG